AUGGACUUUUUCAAGCCGUUUGGGAUCCAACCCCGAACCUCGCACACCCACCCCAUUAACAUCUCAUGGCUGAUUCCGCCCGAGCUCGACCUUGUCCUGCCACCGGAUCCGCGAGGGCUCGGAGACGACCUGCUGGCAAAAAUCCAACCGCGGCCGCCCAACAAACAGGCAGCACCACCACUGUGUGUCGAGCGGCCCAACGGCGAGCCAAGUCGAUCCCAAGACCGGCCCGAGAGUGCGGAACUGCUGCAGUCUAACCACGGGCGCGAGGAUCUGGAAAAGGCCGAGGCCGGGCUAUGCCCGAUCGACAGCGUCCUCUGUGACCCGACCGAGGACGAGCAGCAAGACGCAGCUGGCCCGAGUGCUCGAUCAACGACCGAUGUACCAAGCCCGGCGGCCCAGAACACCCGUCCUUCGCGGGUGCCAGCAGCCAAGCCCGGCAACUUUGCUCUGAGCUCAUGUCCGGGCAAAAAAGUCCGACUGGACACUGGGCCAGUGAAUGGUCGAGCGAUGAUCAGCCGCGACUUGAAUAUGGACUUUGAGCGGAUAGCGUCGGCGGGAGUCCGGCUUGUCGUCAAUUGCCUCGAUAACACCGAGCUCGAGUAUCUGGGGGCGCCUUGGGACAAGUACCAAGCUGCUGCUGCGGGACAAGGGAUUGAUGUUAUAAGAAUACCCAUAGCCGAAGGUUACGCGCCAAAAUCAAUAGACGAUGUCGAGGAGGUUCUCAAGGAGAUUACAAAGCGAACAUCGAAUGGCGUCAAUAUUCUCUGCCAUUGUCGGGGAGGUGUCGGCAGAGCAGGUGUGAUUGCGUGCUGCUGGCUGCUGCGGGAAGCGUUGGUGAGCACUCCCGAUCGGUCGAUCCAGUACCUGCGACUCCGCAGAAGCCCAAAGGCGAUCGAGACAAAGUUCCAGGAAGACUUUGUUGUGCAGUACUAUCGAUGGCUCACGACCAAGCAAGGGCAGCCAGGGUCGACUCCGUCAGCGCCGCAGUGA